AUGUUUUUAACUUUGAAAAGGGUUGUCGUCAGCAUAUCUGCCGCGUGGCUAAACGCGUCCAGAUCCAAUAUCCUUACAGGCCAUACAGAACCCAAGAAGUCGAACGGCAUGGAUAUGAUGGCAGACACAGCCUGCCUGCGUGGCACAAUGGAUAGCAUAGACCUCAUGCCAUUUUUUGGGUUUGGCCACGUCCUCCCGCACUUAUGCGCUGUGGAUAGAGUGCGUAUUGGUAUUUCUGGUACAGUAAUUAAAACCCUAACCAAUGAUACCCCGGAAGGUCAUCUUCCGGACUUCCAAAGCGGAGGGAUGAGAUUGGAAGAAUUCGUCGGCUAUCUUGAGCUGUUACUGGCUCCGGAUAUCGGUUGUAGAAAGGGAUCAUCGGUCAAGGUAUAUGGAUGUGCUGUACAGUCCAUCAUCAUUAUUCGUCCAGAAAGGAAGAGCGUUUCGAGCAACAACUGUGUUUGGGAGCAAGACAUUGAACAGUUUGAAGAAGACAUUAUGCUGAAUCCUGAUGUUGUCCGCCAAUUCCAAGCUACCACUAGAGUAAUACACAGGAGACACACAACGAGAUUGUUUGCCAAAAAGAUUCCUGAUGGACAUGCCAGUGCGAUCGCGUGUGAAUGUGCACAACCAUCCUGCAUACGUUCCACGUAA